UCCGACACUACACAAGCAGGCUGAAUCGGGAAAGGAAAAAAAGAAGAAAGGUAAAAGAAAAAACAAGCCGCCGUAGAUUCCUCUGAACCCCAAAAUCUCAAGCCUCUCCCAUCUCCCAUCGGCGGCUGGCGGCGGCGAAAUGGAAAGCGGCGGCGAGGAGUUCGCGAUUGGCGUGCUGAUCUCCGCGAAAACCACUCUCGGCGACGAGUUUGAAGGCCAGAUCGUCUCCUUCGACCGCCCGACCAACCUUCUCGUGAUUCAGGAGGGCGUGGGGAAGGCGGAGAGAGGGGAGCGGAGGAACGUUCGGGUGAUUAAGGCGAACUACAUCCGGGAGUUCUCCGUGGUAGGCAGGGCCGACGACCCACUCGACCCGGCUGGCUGCGUGCUCGACCUGUCCGCCAUCCACGCCCGGGAGGAGGCCGCUCUCAGACAGGCUGAGAUUGAAGCUGAGAGAAUUGGUGUUGGUGUCACCCCAGAAGCUCAAAGCAUAUUUGAUGCUUUGUCCAAGACGCUUCCAGUUCAAUGGGACAAGACUGACAUUGUUGUAAUGAAGGAGGUUCGUGUAUGCAAUCCAUACCUGCCUGAAAAUGUCAGUGGAGGAACAUCUGCUGCAAAUGAACGGGUUAAGAAAGUGCUUGACUUUGAAAGGAAAAGACUACUUGUGCGUGUACCUGGCCAAUUCUAACUUACCCGACUUGCCUAAUUUUCAUCUGAACUCCCCCUUUGUACUCCAAGUUUAAGGCUGCUUCAUCAUAGAUUUUUCUAAAAUUUGUUUCUGCAAAACCCAUGCCAUAAACUAUCUCAUCAGCUAGCUAAAUCUGUAUCCUGUCAUAGAUGUGCCCUUAGAAUAAUUUAUCACGCUGAUGUUAAUUUGGUGGCUGAUUGUAAAAGGGCUUUGAUUGAGGCGAACAUAGAAAGUAAAAGUUGAUUGAUAACAUGGAAUGAAUGGUGAGUUAUAUGUAACUACGAGAAAAUGGGGAGGUACAGUGAAAAUUAAUCAGUUGGACUUGCGUA